AUGGCAUCCAGUAUUCUCCCAGAAAUGACGUUGCCAUCAUUAAAAGUGAAAAUAAAUGGAAGACUCCGAACAGCAUUAAUUGAUUCUGGAUGCUCCAUUACUGUGGUUCAUGCUGAGUCCGCGCAUGGGCUUGUGUUAAAAAGUCAAAAACUUAUAACAACUUUGGGAGGAACUGUGCAAGUGCUGGGUGAAAUGGUAAUCAAUCUGGAAAUUGAUGGAAUACACCGGAUGGUUAAUUCUCUGGUUGUAAAAGAAAAACCAUUUGAGUUUGAUUUGAUUUUUGGAAUGAAUGCAAUUAAAAAAUUUGGAGGAGUUAUCAUUUAUGGUAAUAAAAACUGUAACGUCCGAAUGUUAGCAUGUGACAAAGCGAAAUGUGGUGCCGUUACUACGACGAGAAAAAACGAAAACGAAAUAAACGAAUUAAAAAUUGAUGUUAUUAAUACGACAAGAAAAAGCGAAAACGAAGUACAAAAAAUAAAAUGUGAUGUCAAAAAUACAACAAGAAAUGAAGAGAACGAAAGAAACGAAAUAAAACAUCAGGACUUCACAGCAAAGUUCGACGGAAAAAAAAAAUGGACGGCAUCAUGGAACUGGAAUAAAGAGCCUGUAAUUGAUAAUACCAUUUGUGAAUACAAGAUGAACCAAGAGCACGAACGUAGUUACCGUAAAGAAAUACGUGAAUGGAUUGACUAUGGUAUUCUUGUACCAUAUAACGAACAAAUAUUGGGACCACCAAAAAUAUUAAUACUGCUUAUGUGCGUAGUGCAAGAAAACAAAGACAAAAAGGUACGUCCAGUGGGAGAUUUCCGAGCUCUCAACGAAUUUGUAAAUUGUCAUACGGCAAAUGCAGACGUUUGUCAAGAAAAACUGCGUUGCUGGAGAAAAAUAAAAAAUGCAAAAAUUCUCGAUCUUAAAAAAGCCUACCUCCAAAUUCAUUUUGAUAAAAAACUUUGGCCAUAUCAAACGGUGAUUAUAAAUGGGCAACGGUAUUGUUUUACCAGGAUGGUUUUUGGCAUCAAUGUGGCUCCAACAAUAAUGAGCACAAUUCUUCGGCAUGUGCUCAAUUUAAAUCCAACCGUAAAGAAAGCAUGUGAUAACUACAUUGAUGAUAUAUUUGUGGAUGAAAGUGUGGAAACUGCGAAAAAUGUAGCGAAGCAUCUGCUUAAAUUCGGAUUACAAUGUAAACCUCCACAAGAUCUUGAACAAGGACGUGUCUUAGGAUUGAGAGUCGAAAGAAAUAAAAAUGGGGAACUGAUAUGGAAACGAGACAAUGUGGUACAAUUUGAAUCUUUAAAUGCAGUCACACGAUCACAGCUUUUCAGCCAGUUUGGCAAACUUAUUGGACAUUACCCAGUGGCAGGAAAUUUGCGUUUACAAGCUUCAUACAUCAAACGUUUAGCUGGAAAUAUACCUUGGUGUGAUUUUAUUUCUGAAGAUUGUAAAGAAAAACUGAAAGAGUUGCUUUACCGUGUGGAAAAAGAGGAUCCGGUUGGUGGAAAAUGGCUGGUACCAGUUAAUGGAAAAGCUGAGCUUUAUUGUGAUGCAUCAUCUAUAGGACUUAAGGUAGUUCUGCUCAUUGGUGGAGUAGUUGUUGAAGACGCAGCAUGGCUACGGCCAGCGAGACAAAACUUAGCUAGUAAGUGGGGCAUAAAAGAGUUAACAGUAUACAGUGAUAGCAAGAGCACCGUAGGAUGGUUAAACGCAGUUUUGAAGGAAGAAUAUUGCGUAAAAGCUCGGGGAAAUUCUCAAUUGUUAGUACAAAGACGAUUGAAUACUAUUAAGGAAGUGGCAAAAGAUAUUCAGAUCGCAGUACAAUGGAUUCCAUCUGAGAUAAAUUUGGCUGAUCGACUCUCGCGAAUCCCUCAAAAAUGGUGCAGAACAGUGUGUGCAGCUGGAUUACUUGAACAAAAAGACAUAUGGAAAAUUCAUUCAAUUGGUCAUUUUGGUGUUGCUCGAACAUUACAACUUUGCUUGCGAAAUAAUCAUAAUGUAUCACGUAAGGAGGUUUCAGCAGUAAUUGCGAAUUGUAACCAGUGUAACUCCAUUGAUCCUUACUCCGUAAAGUGGAAGAAUGGCCAACUAAGCGUAGAAAAAAAUUGGAAUCGGGUUGCCAUUGACGUGACGCAUGUAGGUGCUGAACUGUACUUAUCAAUGAUUGACUGUGGUCCAUCACGGUAUACAAUAUGGCGUAAACUUGUAACUAAAGCAGCUGCUGAAGUUGUUGGUAGACUCAAAGAAAUAUUCUCUUUAUUUGGUCCGCCAGUAUGUCUUCUAAUGGACAACGAAUUUCGGUCCAACACGUUAACAAGUUUUGCUGAAGAAUGGCAUGUUAAUUUGGAAUAUAGAGCAGCACAUCGAGCUCAAGGUAAUGGUAUAGUUGAACGUAUACACAGAACGAUAAAAAGAACGGUCGCUCGCUUACAUUGUUCAAUUGCUCUGGCAGUCGCUGAACAACGAGACAAUAUCAUCCAAUUGUACUGA